GAUAGGUUAUAUUCGUGAUUUGACUUCUGUGCGUGUUAUUUCGCCUAUGGUGACUGGCCUCAAGUUAUUGAUGAUAGAAACCUGAGAAAUGAAAUUAGAAUUGUAUUUUCUUAUGAUCGUGGUCAUAAUUUCAAUAGUCUAGUGAAAUGGUGCUUUCACGACAGCUGGCAACUCGGGGGCAAAAACUCGGAGCUCGUUUUUCCUGAGUUCCCAGUUGACGUGAAAGCACUGAAGUCGGAGAUUUCCGAGUUCAGCUGAUUUUUGAACGCGACAAACGUCCAGACUUCGGUCAAUGACGCACAGACAGGAGCGCACUUUGGAACUGCAGGACUCUUGAGUAACCAUGCAGACAAUUGACGUUCUGAAACAGGCCCUCUCCAGCCUGGAUCCUACCCAGCAGCAGCAGCUCUUGGUGGCCGGGUCUGCGGUGACCGUGGGCGGGCUGCUGACCUGUUAUUACUGGGUGUAUCAAGGCACGAAGACCAAGCGCAUUCCAAUAGGGGAUGGGUGGUGGGGGGCAGGAGAGAAGCCUCAGUCAGAGGAUAAGAAGGUUUUCCCCUUUCAGGUCCAGACUUCCGAUGAAGAGAUACAGGACUUGUAUGACCGUAUUGACAGGACCCGGUACACUGAACCACUGGAGGACACAGGCUUCCAGUACGGCUUCAACUCUACCUACCUGAAGAAGGUGGUCUCCCACUGGAGGCAUCAGUUUAACUGGAAGAAGCAGAUUGCAAUACUCAACAAGUAUCCUCAAUUCAAAACCAAUAUCGAGGGAUUGGAUGUACACUUCAUCCAUGUGCGUCCACCUCACCGUGAGGGCCAGAGGGUGUUGCCUCUAAUGCUGGUGCAUGGCUGGCCUGGCUCUGUCUAUGAGUUCUAUAGGAUCCUGCCCUUACUCACUAACUCGCUGGACAGUCUGGUUUUCGAAGUCAUCUGCCCCUCCAUCCCAGGAUAUGGCUUCUCCGAGGCCCCUCAUAAGCAAGGGUUUAACUCUCUGGCUGCAGCGAGGGUCUUCCACAAGCUGAUGGAGCGUCUGGGUUUCUCAGACUAUUAUCUGCAGGGAGGAGACUGGGGCUCACUCAUCACUACUAACAUGGCCCAGAUGAAGCCAGAGUGUGUGAAGGGUCUCCACCUCAACAUGUUAACUAGCAAAAUGAGGGGGUUCGGUGUCCUGAUUUCAAUCCUGAUUGGCCGCUACCUGCCCUGGCUGGUUGGGUUCACCCGGGAGGAUGUCAGGAGGUUGUUUGGUUCAGUAGGUUUCAUGGAAAGGAACUUCUAUGAGAUCAUCAGAGAGACUGGCUACCUGCACAUCCAGGGCACCAAGCCAGACUCCGCUGGUUGUGGAGUGAAUGACUCUCCAGUAGGCCUGGCUGCUUACAUACUGGAGAAGUUCUCCACCUGGACUGACUUCAACAACAGGGACUUGGAAGAUGGGGGGCUGGAGAGGAAGUUCACCCUGGACGACCUGCUGACCAACAUCAUGAUCUACUGGACCACCGGCUCCAUCGUGUCCUCCAUGAGGUUCUACAAGGAGAACUUAAAGACCAACAUUGACAACAGACUGGAUAAUCACACGGGGGUGUAUGUGCCUACAGGUCUGGCGGCGUUUCCCAACGAGCUAAGGCACGUGCCCCAGGUGUGGGCUAGAGCCAAGUUCAGGAACAUCUAUUCCUACUCUUACAUGCCCCGAGGAGGCCACUUCGCUGCCUUCGAGGAGCCACAGCUCCUGGCUGACGACCUGCUGCAGUUUGUGAAGAAGGUGGAGAAGUUGUAGAGUUGAUGGAUACAAGAGGUUGACUCUCCUCUCCUGCCAAGUGCCUGGAAGAAAAACCAGCAGGACUGCAGAACGUGAUGACACUACAGCUUGGAAUUAGCUUUGUACUAAAAACAUUUCAAUGUUAAUCUAAUAUUUUAAAAAUCAGAAGCACUGUCUGAUUAUCAGGUAAAUACUUGGGUCAAUCAGUGAUGUUAACACUGCAAUAUGAUCAUGCUCAGUGAUUGUGUAAUAUUAAGGCUAUACAGUCAAAAUAAUGGACCAAUACUGUAAUAAUGAAAUGAUCAGCACUUCAAUACUGAUGUCUUCCAGAUUGCAAAAAAACUGUGUGAAAUCACAGAUGUCUGUUCUUGUCUUGUUGCAAUAAUGCACUACUGCUAUAGCAUACUUAUACUACUGCUAUAGUAUACUUAUACUACUGCUAUAGUAUACUAUACUACUGCUGUACUGCUAGUAUACUAUACUACUGCUGUACUGCUAUAGUAUACUAUACUACUGCUGUAAUCAUGUCUAUUGUGGUGACCCUGUAAGGCAGGGAUGUCAAACUCAUUCUACAGAGGGCCAAGUGUCUGUGGGUUUUCCUUUCAAAUAAGACCGCGACAACAGGGUGAGAGGAGUUCCUUACUAUUUCGUGACCUUUAUUCAUUAAUCAAGUACAAGGGAGUAGCGACAACACCUGUAGACACUCGGCCCUCCGUGGAACGAGUUUGACACUUCCUGUUUAGUGUCUGAUAUUAGUGGGGCUGAUUCCCAGGAGUGACCUGGACACAGCUUGAGUUUAGUCCUGGACUAAAAAUAUAUUUCAAUGGUAGUGUUCCAUUGAACAUGGUUUUUAGUCUCAGUCUAGAUUAAGCCUAAUCUAUGUCCCGGAAACCAUGAUGAGUUUUCUGUGGACCCCAGGAAGACCAGCAGUCACCAAGGGGUCAGCUUAUGAGGAUCCAAAUGAACAAAUUAAAUUAACAUCCACAAGUCAAUAACUCAGAUGUUGAACAAGAUUAAACCUUUGUAUGCUGCAAAA